AUGGGAAAUAAGAUCAUAACUUUCUCACACGAGCAGCUUGAUCAUUAUCAAGAUUGCACAUUUUUCAAUAAGAAAGAGAUCCUCAAGGUCUUCAAAAAGUUUAGAAAUUUGGCGCCAGACUUAGUUCCAUUAGAGAUGACUACAUCCGAGGCAUUAAAAAUACAAAUCCCAAAGGAAAGGAUCGUCAGAUUAGCUGAAUUGAUUGAAAAUCCUUUUGCAGAACGAGUUUGCGAAUCAUUUUCCAAAGAUGGAUAUGGAAAUUUGAACUUUGAGGAAUUUCUUGAGUGCCUAUCUGUUUUUUCAGAGCAUGCACCAAGAGAUUUGAAGAUCUUCUAUGCCUUUAAAAUUUACGAUUAUGAUGGAGAUGAUUUUAUCAGCGAAGGUGAUUUACGUCUCGUGCUGAAAGAUUUAACAAAAAACGAACUUACUAAUGAUGAGCAUGCAAAAAUAACGGAAAAAAUUAUCGAGGAAGGAGACAUUGACAAUGGCAAGUACCUAAUCAGAAUUUACGAUAAAGUUUUAAUUAACAAGAAACUUAAUUUUAGACGGAAAGCUAUCAUUUCUGGAGUUUGA